UUGUGAUGAUUUCCAGAGUGGAGGAAAAGAAGACUUGAUAAUUGGAUUUCUCAGUGUCAGUGUUUCUGUUACACUUCGUAGUUUACAAGUUAAAGAACUUCAUCAACAAGUCUGAAUCAGUCAUUGGGAAAAACCUAACAAUGUUCAGCUUUGAGGGAGAUUUCAAAACACGACCCAAGGUGUCAUUGGGAGGAGCGAGUAAAAAGGAAGAAAAAGCCUCCUUGUUGCAUCGUACACAAGAGGAAAGACGGAAAAGAGAGGAAGAAAGAAAAAGGCUGAAAAACGCAAUCAUCAUUCAGUCCUACAUACGUGGCUACCAAGACCUAAAACAACAGUAUGCCAUUCAGAGGGCUAAGUUUGAUGAGUCUGUCAGUCAGUCACAGGCAGAGGGAACGCAGCACGUCUUGGCUGCCACUACUCUAUGCCUCCUAUCGAGACGACUUAUAUUUUUCUACAGACAGAAUGUGGAUGCACAUAGAUUGAUAUGGUUAUGCCAGAACCUGGUAAAACACAACAGUCAGUUUGUGAAGCUGUUAAACAGUCCCCAGAAGCAGACAUGUGUAUUUCAGAUCAAAAGAAUCCUGGGAUUCUGCUGCAGACUCCUGCAAAACUGCCCAGAUGACAGUUUAAAUGUUGCUGUUCCCAUGCGGAUGUUAGAAAUCUUUUCUUCAGAGAGAACUUAUCUUAUUGUUAUUCCAGAUGCUAACAAUGUAGCUUCAUUACUUGAGCAGAUUUUGCACUAUAUGGUACAAAAAGGAUACUACAAGUCGCUGUAUAGUCUUGUAAAUCACAGACUGCCCUCCAGUCUGGAGUACAGCGAUGCUCCCUCUAUUCCUCUGGCAAGCACACUGUUGGAGCACAUCCUCAAACCUUUGCACUUUACUUACUCCUCCUGCACAACAGGCGCAAGGCAGUUUGUAUUUGCGGCGUUUACAGAGGAGUUCAUCUCUGCGCCGUUCACCGAGCAGAUCUUUCACUUUUUUAUCCCGGCUCUGUCGGACCGUCGUCUCUCGUUCCCGUUCGAGGCCUUCCUGAGCUCCCUGCAGGUCACCAUCGACUCUUUCUCAGCAGCACAAAGCCAGGCACCGUGGCUCUUCUACUUUGUCCUCUCUGCAGGAGAGAACUGCUUAGGCUCACUAUCAGAGGAGGGACACCUGCUCUACCUUCGGGCUCUGCAGGCCCUGCUGCCGCUGCUUCCGGUGUCGGAAAGCACCAGCCGGCCGGAAGUGAACAGUGAUUCAGAGGAUGAUGAUGAUGGUGACAUGCACCCUACACCCAUGCAGGACAACAGCCGCAUUUCUGUGCAGUUGAUAACGGAGGAAUGCAUCCACAAGCUGGACACAAAACAGCAGACUAAUGCCCUGCUGAACCUGGUUUGGAGGGACUCGGCCAGUGAGGAGGUCUUCACCAUGAUGGCAUCCAUUUGUCACACGCUCAUGGUGCAGCAUCGACUCAUGGUGCCAAAAGUCAGACUCCUGUACAGCUUAGCUUUUAAUGCACGUUUCCUGAGGCAUCUGUGGCACCUGAUAACCUCCAUGACAACUAAAAUGAUUACCGGCUCAAUGGUGCCACUGCUCCAACUGAUCUCUCGGGGUUCCCCCAUGUCAUUUGAAGAUUCAAACCGGAUCAUUCCCCUUUUUUACCUCUUCAGCUCUCUCUUCAGUCACUCUCUUAUCUCGGUGCAUGACAGCGAGUUCUUUGGACAUGAAAUGGAAGGUCAGAUGCAGUCCUCCAUGAUGCCCUUCACUCUGACUGAGCUGGUGACUUUGUCCCGCUGCCUGAGAGAUGCAUGCCUGGGAAUCAUCAAGCUGGCCUACCCUGAGACUAAAGCAGAGCACAGGGAGGAAUACAUGGCCGCCUUCCGCAGCGUGGGAGUCAAGACGAACACCGAGGUCCAGCGGCGCAUCCAGGCUGAGCAGAAGCGCUGGGUGCAGCUCUUCAAGGUCAUCACUAACUUGGUGAAAAUGCUGAAAGCUCGCGACAUCAGACGACCUUUCUGUCCGGUGGGUCACUGGCUGUCUGAGGAGGUCAACAUUCGGGCCGAUAAGGUCACUCAGCUUUAUGUCCCAUCAGCAAGACACGUGUGGAGAACAAGAAGGAUGGGGCGCAUUGGACCUCUUCAGUCUACGCUUGACGUUGGUUUUGAGCCUCCGCAGCUCUCUGUGUCUGAAGAGAGACACCUGGCCAUCCUCACAGAGUUGCCUUUUGUUGUUCCAUUUGAGGAGCGAGUCAAGAUCUUCCAGAGGUUGAUCUCUGUGGACAAACGUGACGUGCAGGGGGAUGGGCCUUUCCCCGACGGCAUCAAUGUCACCAUCAGACGCAACUACAUCUACGAAGACGCCUACGAUAAACUCUCCCCAGAAAAUGAACCAGACCUUAAGAAGAGGAUUCGAGUCCACCUUCUCAACGCUCAUGGUCUGGAUGAGGCAGGCAUUGACGGAGGUGGCAUCUUUCGCGAGUUCCUCAACGAGCUUCUCAAAUCGGGCUUCAAUCCCAACCAGGGCUUUUUCAAAACCACCAACGAGGGUUUGUUGUAUCCGAAUCCUGCUGCAGAGAUGCUGGUGGGCGACUCCUUCACAAGACACUACUAUUUCCUGGGCAGGAUCCUCGGAAAGGCACUCUACGAGAACAUGCUGGUAGAAUUGCCCUUUGCCAGCUUCUUCCUGUCCAAACUUCUGGGAACCAGUGCAGACGUGGACAUCCACCACCUUGCCUCUUUAGACCCUGAGAUGUAUCGCAACCUUCUGUUCCUCAAGAGCUACGAGGGCGAUGUGGAAGAGCUGGGCCUCAACUUCACUGUGGUCAACAAUGACCUGGGAGAAGCUCAGGUGGUGGAACUGAAGCCAGGAGGAAAAGAUAUCCCGGUGACAACAGCCAACCGGAUAGCUUACAUCCAUUUAGUGGCUGACUAUAGGCUCAACAAACAGAUCAGGCCUCACUGCCUGGCCUUCAGGCAGGGUCUGGCCAAUGUGGUCAACCUUGAGUGGCUGCGUAUGUUUGAUCAGCAGGAAAUCCAGGUGCUGAUAUCUGGGGCUCAUGUUCCAAUUUGUCUCGAUGAUCUGAAAAACUUCACAAACUAUUCAGGUGGAUACUCUGCUAACCACCCCGUUAUUCAGAUCUUCUGGGAAGUGGUCGAAGGAUUUACAGAUGAAGAAAAACGCAAACUGUUAAAGUUUGUCACCAGCUGCUCCAGACCUCCGCUGCUAGGCUUUAAGGAGCUUUAUCCAGCCUUCUGCAUUCACAACGGUGGAAGUGACCUGGAGCGCCUGCCUACAGCCAGCACCUGCAUGAACCUGCUCAAGCUCCCAGAGUUCUGCGACCAACACCUGAUGAGGAGCAAGCUGCUAUAUGCCAUCGAGUCGAGCGCCGGGUUCGAGCUCAGCUGAGCCGGGACAAAACGUUUGUCCGUUUCAGUGCCGGCGGACCCGACGCGACUGAGGUGGCUUUAGAGUAAAAGACUCUAAAUAGAAGAGAGAAGGCAAAAAAAAUGCACUGAUUGAUUAUUGUGUUUCUGUCAGCGUGUGUGAGUGCCAAGUAAAAGAAAAAAAAGGGAGAGACUUAGUGGGAUGUUUUCUUUUAAACCCUUGUUUUUAGGACAUUUUUAAAUAAUUUUUGAGAACCAUACAGAAGAUCAGUGUUGCAUCUGACAUUUAAAUGCAGAUGAUGGUAAACAAGAGCAACGGCAACUCACUGUGUCAUUUAAUGACGUGAACUAUUGUUUUUCCACCAAAUACAAAGUAGUGUUGUAUUAAAAAGGCAAUAUGGCAGCUUGUGGUACACCAAAGGCUGCUGAGAGGGACCGUCUUUGCCUAGAGCUAACAAAGUGUUUUCGUGUAGAGGUCACUGAAAUUCCAGUUUUUGUCAUUUCUAAGUAACUGUGCCUUGCAAUAGUAUUUAUACCCCACAAUUUUUUCCAUUUUAUUAAAACGAACUGUUAUGAAUUUUAUGCAAUCACUAAGUAAGGAAUAAUUAAGUGGAAGGAUAAGAAUGUAAGAAGAUUUUAGAUCUAAAAGAAAAUUAUGAAUGCAUUUGUAUUCAGUUCUUCUAGUUCAGUCAACCAAUUGUUUGAUUUUUUUUUUCUUUUUUUUUUUUACAAAACGGCUCAAGUUCCAUCUGGUUAUAUUGAGUGUCUGUGAACAUCAAUUUUCCAGUUUUUCCACAUAUUCUCAAUUAUCCUUAGGUCUGGACUUUGACUAGGCCACUCUAAACCAGGAAUAUGAUUUGUUCUGGCUUUCUGCUGGAUCUCUGACUACAAUAAGGUUUUUGUUCUGCUGGUAGAUUACCCGAGUCUUCUUUCAUCUUCUGUUUUUCCUCCAGGACUUCUAGCCCAAUUAAUCAUUGCAUAAACUUUGAUCAGCUCUCCUGUCUAGUAAAACAGCUCAUAGCAUAAUGCUGCUCCCAUCAUGUUUUGCUGUGGGGAGAUAGUGUUCAGGAUGAUGCGUAGUUAAUUUUUCUGUAAAGGUUCGGUGUGCGGCUCAUCUGAUUUGAGCAACUUCUUUCACCUGUUUGCCUACAUGCCCUACAUUCCCACAAGCCCUUAAAGGCCUUUGGGAAAAUGCAAACGGGACUUCUUGUGGCUUUUUUUUUCUUCCAUAAAGGCUCAGUGUACAGACGAUAUACCUAAUAGUUGCUCUAUUAUAUCUCUGCAGCUCCCCCAGAGUUACCAGUGCUCCAUUACUACUACUCAGAUUUUUUGUGGCCUUUCAUUCUCUAGCUUCAUCCUUUUUCUAUUAAUCAAUUAGUCUUUAUGAGGCUCUUUUAUCCCUGUCAUCCAACAAACCUCCGAGGCAUUUGGAGGAUUUCGCUGGGCUUUAUUAAAGGGUACGGGGAUGAAAAGAGUUGAAAACAAAUUCAUGCAUGUGCUACUCUGUCACAGAAAACCCAAUGAAUGACAUACAAGUUUAUGGUUGUAACUUGGUAAAAUAUGGAAAAGAUUAAGGGCUAUGAAAACGUUUGCAAGGCACUGUAACUUGUGUUAAGUUUUAUGUCUAAAAACCAUUCUCCACACAGUGUCUGAAAUCUCGAGAAGACUAGACUUGCUGGGAUAAAUUAGAGGAAAGCAUUAUAUGAUUGCGGCUUUGUUAAUAUGUAUAUGUUUUAAACCGCUCUUGUAUGAGUCAUGUAUUUGUUAUUUGUACAGGUUUGUUUCCGUUCCCCCAUGUACCCGCUUAGGUGAACAGUUUUUUUCGCCUGAUCAGCACAUGAAGGCUUGUGUCCUACUGAUGACCUGUGUACCAACAGGGUGGAGAGAGUGAAUAUGGAUAUGAAUAAAUCCGCUUUUCUUUUUGCA